UUCUAUGUUGUCAGUCACGGGGACGAUCUCCAGGUAGGUAGCCUGUAUGGUGUUAACUAGCGGUCCGGUUGCCGAGUUCGAAGACGUGCGGAACCAGAGGUGCAGACUCAGUUUCCAGCAGGUCGCGAAGAGAAGCGCCACCCGGGCUGCACUGUAGCGGUGCGCUUGCUUCCUGCGGUGUGCUUCUGCCGUCUGUGCUGAGUUCGAGUCUUCCCUGCGGGGUCGGGCUGCUGAGAGCAAGACGAUGAAGGCAAAGGUCACCGCGCCGGUGCCCCAAGCGGGGCCUGCCGAGAAGCUCUCUCGGAAGAAAGCCAAGAAGAAGUUCAGGAAGAGGAAAACCCAGGGAGGAAGCGGGGCUCCGGGAAGCCGCCCGCCAACUAUUGCGGGCCGACCACCAAAGGCCCCAGAGAACUUUUCUCAGAAUUGGAAGGCGCUGCAAGAGCUGCUGAAACAAAAGUCACAGGUCCCAGAAAAACCUCUUGUCUCUCAGAACGAUGACAAAAUGCAUUCCCAGAUAAUCCAGCAGAAUAAAAAAGAGACCUCAGAAAAGUCAAAGGGAGACAGGAAGAGAACAGAAAAAGACCAGACCACUAGGGGUUCUGUUACGUCUACAUCUAAGAAGGACAGGAAGAUACUAGUACCUCCCACAAAUACCUCUGCAACAGAACAGAAGAAAGGAGCCAAGAAGAGGACGUAUAGUGACAUCUCUUCUCAUCAAGGGGACACCAAGCAUAAGCGGAAAGCUAAGGAGGCAGCUGUCGUCUUGAAUCAGUCCACACCUACUGAGGAAGACAUCUGGUUUGAUGAUGUGGAUCCAGAUGAUAUUGAAGCUGCCAUAGGCCCAGAGGCAGCCAUGCUGGUAUGGAAGCGGCUGGGGCAGAGCAAGAGUAACAUCACCCUGGAGAAGGAACAGGCCUUUAGCGGCCUGACAAAAGCCUUGGCCCUGGACUGUGAGAUGGUAGGCGUGGGCCCCAAGGGGGAAGAGAGCAUCGCAGCCCGCGUGUCCAUCGUGAACCAGUAUGGGAAGUGUGUUUACGACAAGUACGUGAAGCCAACUGAGCCCGUGACAGACUACAGGACAGCAGUCAGUGGGAUACGGCCUGAGAACCUGAAACAGGGAGAAGAGUUUGAAGUUGUGAAGAAGGAAGUGGCAGAAAUAUUGAAGGGCAGAAUCCUGGUGGGGCACGCGUUGCACAAUGAUUUAAAGGUACUCUUCCUUGAUCAUCCAAAAAAGAAAAUCAGGGACACCCAAAAAUUCAAACCUUUCAGGAGUCAAGUAAGGAGUGGAAGACCAUCUCUGAAACAACUUUGUGAGAAAAUUCUGGGGAUCAGGGUCCAGCAGGCAGAACAUUGUUCAGUCCAGGAUGCCCAGGCAGCAAUGAGGCUGUACAUCAUGGCAAAGCGGCAGUGGGAGAGCAUUACUGCAGACCGGCGCCCCCCAGCCACCACCCCAAAGCCCUGCAGCGAGUACGCUUAGCACCAGCUUACUACUGCCACCUCCUCUGCAUCCUUCAGUGACUCUUCAGUGGCAGUUGGGAUGGGAUUAUGGAGGCCCAUCAGAUUUCUGCACAGCAGGGACUUACUCUGGUGAGCGUUUUCAGAGCCAUGGCUGCAGGGGUGUGACAUGGGAGCUGCUGGAACUUCCUCCUCCUGGACUCUGCUACCAGGACAGAAGUCUGGGUGUGGCGUAGGUUCAGAGGAAGGAGAGAUUGGAAUGGAUGAGUGUGCUGCAGUGUCUGUGUAUGCCAACCACCUGUACCACCCUUAACACUGAGCACAGCUGCAUUCAGCCAGGGCACUCAGCACCUUCUCCUAAGGAGCAAGGGGAUAAGCACUGCUGGACCUAAGGGAUCCAAGGGCCUUCAGUCUGCUGCAAGCCAAUCUGGCCAACAUAGCAGCUGCCCAGUGAGGACUUUCUUAAAGCUACUUAGCUGUGGGUACUUUCUCCUAUGUUCCCUGCUUGGCUCAGUCAUCUAAAAAUGCCAACAUUCAAUAUGCUGUUCUCCACAUAGUCCUUGGGUGAGACUUGGAGCACAGGUACACCUGGAGGUGUAAGAUCCUAUCACUCUGGUGCACUGCAAACAGAAAGGCAUCUGCCUGCUGUCUUCUGGCAACAGGUCCAGAGUGAGCAGUGAACUUUAUGGACCUACCUGACAACUCUUAGAAUGGAGCUGUGAACUGAGAUGUGAACUCAGAGCACUUGUCCGCAGUGUGCAAGACCCUGGGCCCAUUCCCAGCGCUGUCAAAAAUAAAUGGAGUUUGUGGAAGCUUA